CUGGAGAGGCCCUGGAGCUGUUGCUAAUUGUCUCCUGGUACCUCCAGCUGGGUCCUGCUGACAAGCCCCUAAGCCCAGGUACAGGCACAGAGAGCCACUCCUCCCAGUCCAGGGCCACCUUAACUGGGCGGGGCACACCGCUGAUGCCAUCUUCAGGAGGACAGGCCUGAGCGGAGGACUGGCUUUGCGAGGCACACACAGCUUCCAACCUGCUCCCAGGUGGCCCAGCACCAUGAUCCAGGGCGCCUUAGAACCUGGUGGCCCCGGCUGGGGCUGGGACGGGGACGGGGACGAUGACUGGGACAGUGCUGUGCUCACCCUGUUGGCGCUGGCUGUCGUGGCUGCCACGGCCCUGGCCCUGCACUGGUUUGGCUCUGGGCAGGACCAGGAGGCAGCAGGACCAGCAUCCACCGGCCCCAGUGCCCAGCCUUCUCAGGCGGGAGGAGCUGGGCCAGCCCUGACCCCAAAGUCCAAGGUCAGUGGUGGCAUCGAGGGACACAGCUCCGGGCAGGGGAAGCCAGAGCCUCCAGGACCUAGCCAGGCGAGUCCAGCUACAGCAAGUGCCCAGGACCACCAGCCCCACGGAAGUGAAGAUCUGACUGCCACGGCCGCAGCUCCACCCAAGACACCCAGCGAGGCGGCCAGCGGAGGGGCCUUGGGACAGCAGCAUGGCAACGCCAGCCCUGAAGUCUCCCGAGGUGCAGGAAAGCAGACGCCCAGGCCUGGAGCUGCCCUCCGGGGUAGGAGCAAAACAGGGGGGACGCCUGCCCCGCUCCUGAUACACUUCACUCCUCCGAGUCGGGACAGAGACACGGAGGUGCAGGCGGAGGCAGGAGGCCUCGCAGCCAAGGCGCCAGCUCACCCGGCCCUGAUCCACACGGUGGAACAGGACACCGGCUCCUGGAAACACGGAGCGGGGCCACCUGGCUCACUGGGGAGGCGGUCAGGCAGCCGGCGGUGGCAGGUGGAUGACAGCUCAGGAGAGAGAACCCGGCGCCUUCCAAAGCUGGACCCCCUGCGCCUGGGUGCGGUGGUGAGUGUGUGGGACGCUGUGGAUGCAGCCAGCACCUUCCCUGCAGGUGCCCAGAGGCCCCGCUACCGCCAUGAGCUUCCCCCACCAGACUCUGUGCAGACUGGACGUCUGACAGAUGGCUCAGAGAGGGCGUGCAGGGAAAGCAGCCCCCAGCCAGACCAAGUUUUAGCUCUGGAUUCAGGGACCAAACCCGCUACAACCCCUGCCCCAGUACCAGCUGCAACCCCUGCCCCAACCCCAACCCCUACCCCAGCCCCUGCCCCUGCCCCAGCCCCAACCCGUACCCCAGCCCCAGCCCCUGCCCCAGCCCCAGCCCCUACCCCAGCCCCAGCCCCUGCCUCAGCCCCAACCCGUACCCCAGCCCCAGCCCCUGCCCCAGCUGCAACCCCUGCCCCAGCCCCAACUCAAGCCCCAACCUGUACCCCAGCCCCUGCCCCAGCCGCAGCCCCUGCCCCAACCCCAUCCCCUACCCCAGCCCCUGCCCCAGCCCCAGCCCCUGCCCCAGCCGCAACUCAAGCCCCAAUCCCUGCCCAAGCCCAAGGCCCUGCCCUAGCCUCAGCCCCAGCCCCAGUCCCCACAAGUAAGUCAAAGCCUGCAAGUCAGGAGUCUAGUGUGACUCUUCGCAAGGGCAGCCAGGAGGGGCAGAUUUCAACUAGCUGGGGAAAUCUUAUUUCAAUGGUUCUUAGGAGUCACCCCUUCCCCAGGCUAGAGAGGCCCCAAGGGACAGCCCUAAGGGCAGCUCCAGAGAGCCCUAGAGAGCCCUGCACUUCCACAGCCUCGGAGAACAGGGAGUCUGGUCCUCUCCCUGAAGGGGCCAUCCCUAGUCUCAAGGACAGGCACGGCUCCCCAGCUGGGGUGGCUACAGGGGCUGGCACAGGGGGCCUGGCUGAGGCAGGAUGUCAGCCGCAGCCCAGAAGCGCUGAGGCUAACGAGGCUGCAGUGCCCGGGGCCCCAGCUCCGCUGUCGCUGUCGGAGCAGAGGAAGCCUGGCCCUGCACCCGUUCCCUCUGCCAGGCGGGACCCACAGCCUGUCCCCAGGCCACGGAAACACAGCGUGUGCGAACUAGCCAAGAGCUCGGAGCUGAAGGUCAGCCAGGCGGCCCCGGGAGAGGCGCCAGGGAAGAGGCCCAGCCCCGCGGGCAGCAGGGAGGUCCUCACAGAGGAGCAGAAAGAGGCCCGCAAACUCAUGGUGUUUCUGCAGAGGCCUGGGACCUGGGGGGUGGUGGAGGGGCCCCGGAAGCCCAGCUCCCCUGCCCGGGAGCCGGCUUCGGCAGCGGCUCUGCAGCGGCGGCUGGACCUGGGCAGCUGCCUGGAUGUCCUGGCCUUUGCCCAGCAGCACGGGCAGCCCGUCCUGGCCCAGGAGGCCUAUGCUUUGAUGAGCGACAAUCUGCUGCACGUGCUGGGCGAUCCGAACCUCUACCGGCAGCUGAGCGGGGCCGACCGGGAGCGCAUCCUGAGCCUUCGAACUGGCAGGGGCCAGGCUGUGCUGGGGGUCCUCGUGCUGCCCGGCCUCUACCAGGUGAGCCGUUCAGGGCUCACAAGGGGCCCUCGAGUGGAGGAGGCUCCUGCCACAGGUCCUGCGCCCCUGCCUCCUCCAUCGCACCUGCACGUGUUCAACCCCCACGAGAACUCCUGGCGGCUCCUGACCCGGGUGCCGGAGGAGGCCCCGCUGCGGGGCUGUGGCCUCUGCACCAUGCACAACUACUUGUUCCUGGCAGGGGGCAUCCGUGGCUCCGGCUCCAAGGCCAUCUGUUCCAAUGAGGUCUUCUGCUACAACCCUCUGACCAACAUCUGGAGCCAGGUGCGGCCCAUGCAGCAGGCCCGUGCCCAGCUCAAACUGGUGGCCCUGGACGGGCUGCUCUACGCCAUCGGUGGCGAGUGCUUGUACAGCAUGGAGCGCUACGACCCCCGCACAGACACCUGGACCUCACGCGCGCCCCUCCCCGCAGGCACCUUCCCUGUGGCUCACGAGGCUGUGGCCUGCCGUGGGGACAUCUACGUCACUGGGGGCCACCUCUUCUACCGCCUGCUCAGGUACAGCCCGGUGAAGGAUGCUUGGGAGGAGUGCCCCUACAGCGCCAGCCACCGGCGAUCCAGCGACAUGGUGGCACUGGGGGGCUUCCUGUACCGCUUCGACCUGCUGCGGGGGGUGGGUGCCGCCGUGAUGCGCUACAACACCGUGACCGGCUCCUGGAGCAGGGCCGCCCCCUUGCCCCUGCCGGACCCUGUCCCGCUGCGCUGCACCGUGCUGGGCAACACCAUCUACUGCCUCAACCACCAGGUCACGGCCACCUUCACGGUCUCCGAGGGGACGGCCCAGUUCCAGGCCCAGGAGCUGCAACCUUUCCCCCUGGGCAGUAAAGGGGUCCUCUGUCCCUUCAUCCUGACCCUGCCCGCCUCGGACCCGCUACAGACUUCCCUCUGAGCUGCGCCAGGACUGCCGUGCCCCUCUUCAGGCAGACUCUGGGCCAGGCUGUGAGGCAGGUGGGGCAGGGGAAAGGGGCUGCUCUUCUUUCGGGGACAACUUUCCUUUUCUGUUAUAAUGAUCCUCAUGUCUGGCCCUCCUUCCCCUCCUGCAAGAGCCAGGCUCCCUGUACCUGGAAGCUGGUGGCGGGCGUCCCUGCCACCCCCACGUGCCUCCUGCUUUAUUAUUGAGUCCUUGCUCCAGUGCCUCAGCUUGCUCUCAGGAACCCUCCUCGGGGCAAAGGACUCCCACCGGCCAGGUUUCUGUCCCAGCACCAACCGCGCUGCCUGGAAAUAAUCUGCCAGGGACCCCGGGGUCCCCAUGAACCUGGACUUGGCUGGCUGAGGAGUCGGCAACUGCUGAGCCCAGGAAGGAGAUGGCUUCCCUAGGGCUCCCAGCUAGGCAAGAGGCCCAUGAGGGGCCGGAAGGGGGAACAGGGAACAAAUGUCUCCAGAAAAACGUUCUAGCCUCUGGGAUUUUCUGCCCGUCCUGAGGCCUUGGGGAACCUGGCUUGGCUGUUCCCAGAAACAACUCUUAGGUCCCCUUUGUCUGAAACCCUUGUCUGUGACACUGCGCUGCUGUCUGGAGCCCCUGCCCAUAACCCCAGCCUAGACCAGGACUGCUGGGGCUCAUGUCCUUCUGCAGCCUUCUGGGGUCUCUCCCACCUGCUCAGCCCCUCCAUUUCCCACCCCACCUCCCACUAACUCUCUUCUUACAUGAGACCUGGGCGCACCCCAGCUCUGCCCCUUAUUAGCUGUGGGACUUGGGCGAGACAUCUGUCUUCUCACCUGUGAAGUGGGGAUAAUGGACAUGUCACUCAGGGGAAUUCUGAGAACAUAGGUCACAUAUAUGAGCACCUGGCACAGCCCACUUUGGA